AUGAUAUCAUUACAUAAAGUGUUCUAUUUAUUUCUUUGCAUUUGUAUUUAUUAUACAAAUGCAAGUUCACCAAUUGAGCAAGUUAUGGAAAAAUUAAUUAAACUUAUCAGUGAAGAUCAAGUUUUAAAACCAGCUGAAUUUAAAUUUCCACAAUGGGAAAAAAAAUUAGGUCUUUAUCGUUCUGAAAUUCGUAUAAACUUUUUUGGUGAACCAUUACAAGCUGAUUUACGUAAAAAUAAAUAUGUUUAUGUUUUUGAUAAUAAUAUGUUCGCUACUGGUUGGAUAUUAACUGCAUUAUUAGAAGCAAAUAUGUAUGGUCGUGCUCCAAAAGUAAUUGAUACAGAACAUUUAUCAUUAGCUAUUGAUGCAAUUGAAACAUUUCAUGAUCAUAAUCAAAAUGAAUCUUCUGUUCCAUUGAUGACAUUUUGGUCUCAAAUAUAUAAUCAAACAACAAAAACAUGGCAAUCAACACCAGAUAAUUUACGUUUUCUACUUAUGGAUUUUGAUAAUAGUCUUAAACUUAUUGAAGAUAUAUUAAAAUUUCUUGGAAUAAAAAAUAUUGCACAAUUAAUUGAUAAACUUCGUGCAAAUGUUGCAGCAUUUGAAGAUGUUUUUCAAAUUCCACCUGAUUUUGAUGAUACAUAUUUAAAUAUAGGUUUAGGUGCACAAUUAAAAUUAUUACAAGAUAAAUAUCCAUCGGUUUAUCAACGUUGGUUAGAAACAAAUUCUAAUAUGAAAAAAUUAAUCGAUUUAACAUUACGUUAUGCUUAUAGACCAUCAAGUGAAGAUUUAGAUUUAAAUACAAUUGAUCCAAGAACAUAUUUUUGGAUGAGAGAUUUUGUUCGAGAUAAUCCACAAGCAAUUAUAGCAACAACAUGGGCACAAAAUAUAACUGAAGUUCGUACAGUAGCACAUCGCGGUAUCAGAAUGCCUUUUAAUCUAAAUAAUGUUGAUGUUACUGUUGGUGCUAAUGUUUUAUAUGGAAUUACAAGUGCUAUUAUUUAUGAUUUAGUUGAUUUUAAAGAUUAUUUUAAUCAAGAUAUGCAAACAUUAUAUUUAUCAACAGCAUCAUUAAUAGCAUGGUCAAUAAAAAAUUCAAUGAAAAAUCGUCCUGAUCUUGCACAAGUAUAUUAUCCAUCACAUUAUAAUUUUCUUUGGUAUGGAUCACGUAGUUUAUUUCUUCUUGAAUUAGCACGUCGUCAAGGAAAAACAAUACCCGAUAUAUUCAAUCGUGUUUAUUCAAUAUUAGCUGAUGUUUAUCGUAAUGAUGUUGUAAAAUUUUUUCAAGAUCAUGUUCGUUCUGAUAAAUCAUCCUAUGAUGAUUUUCUUGGUACAAAUGAUACAAAUAUAUUUGGAAAAUUAGAACCAACAGGUGAAGAUAGAAUAUUUUCAACAGCACAAACUGUUAAUGUACUUAUUGCUUCAUUUACUUAUUUGGAUACAAAUACAGGAAAAUUAAAAUGGAUUAUGAAUGAACAACAAAUUGAUACAAUUAAAAUUAUGAUUAAUAAAUCAAUAUCAUGGCUUCUUGAUAAUGCAUUUAAAUAUCAACCUUUUAAUUGUUUUUUUUCAGGUUCUGUUAAAGGUUUAAAUCAAUUACCAUUUUGGUAUCCAGCAAAUAUUUAUCAAUAUUUAAAUGGAACUACUUUUGAUCCAGAUCAUUUCGAUAUGAAUAAUCAAGCUCUUCUUGUUGAUUCAAUUGUUGGUGUUAGUGGAUAUAUUGAUGAAACAAUAUAUGAACGUAUGAUAUCGGAAAAACAUUUUAAUAGAUCAACACCAACAACAUUUAGUGGAUAUAAUGUACCAGGUGCAGAAUUUCCUUUUUGGUCCUCACAACCUUAUACACAUGCGGUAACAUUAUUAGCACUUGCUCAAUAUAAUAAUUUGGAUGGAUAA